AUGACUAGUAGCGCCGGUGCCGCCCCGCCAUUCAGCAGCGCUGGAUACAGCGGCGGCAUUUCCCCCUCGCCUAGCGGGGGUGGCUCGCCUCUGGCUGGCGGAGACCUUUCCCGCGCGCCUGCCAGCGGAGACUAUUCCCCCGCGGCGGCCCGCCAAUCUUCCUGGAACGGUAUGAGUUUUCCGCCGGCCGCGAAUGACUAUGGGGCGCAAAGAACGACCACCCCCGUAGGUUCUCCUACUCCCCCGUUUGCGCCACCUGCCGCGCCAGCUGCCGCGCCCUGCGCCGCGCACCCUGUUACGCCAACAGCUGCUGCUACCGCCGUGCCAUUCGGCGCUGCAAGCGGCUCACCUGCCCCUCCUCCCCCUCCUCCUUCCGCUUCUCCUGCUCACCCUUCUGCCGCUGCUCCUGCUUUCGGCGGCGGCGGUGCUGCUGCUGCUCCUGCUGACAUCCCGGUGGCCCAGAGGGAGGAUGCAGCGGCCAGACAUCCCGGUGGCCCAGAGGGAGGAUGCAGCGGCCAGUCUGGAGACAUCCCGGUGGCACAGAGGGAGGAUGCAGUGGCAAGCUUGGAGUACGAGGCACAGGCGAGGCUCAGAGACCCGGUGUACGGCUGCGUGGGAGUCAUCUGCCUGCUGCAGAAAGAGAUGGUGGCCCUGCAGGAGCAGCUGAAGGACAUAGAGGCUUCUUCCCUCUCGUCCUCUCCCAAUGCAACACACAGCUCGACGAUUUCUGGUGACGGGGCCAUGUAUGGGAUUGAAUCAUCUGCUGCAGCAGUGCCCAGUGUGGGAGCAGCAAGAGAAGAGGGAGGCGAGUGUUGA